UUAUAUGAGACUUCUCGGUUUAGGUCGAAGUCUUCUUCCAUAGUUAGCUUCAUUUUAAGUAAGCUAGCAUCCCAUUCUCAAUAUGUUCAGCUCGAGAAAUGUCUACCUAGGCAUAUUAACAGCGUCGUCUGUCUGCCUUCCCGGCGUAGACGCCUUCUGGCGUAUGUCAUGCGGCCUCAUCCAAACCGGUCGCCUGGAUCCCAACGUAUUUCCAGGUUCGGUCUCACCUCACGUUCACAAGGUGUCAGGGGCAAGCAACUUCGGCCUCUCCAACAGCUAUGAAGAUCUCCUCAACUCUAGGUGCACGUCAUGCGAGAUCCAAGAUGACAAGUCGGCCUACUGGACGCCGCAGCUCUACUACGAGCAUGCUAACGGAAGCUUCGAGGAGGUUCCCAAUGGCGGGACAGUCGUAUACUACCUCGGACGAGGCGAAAAUGCCUCCAACAUCGAACCCUUUCCCGCCGGCUUCAGAAUGGUGUCGGGAGACCCCUAUCUCCGGUCGAACGACACGACAUCCGUCACUUAUUCGGAUAGCAGCCAUUCAGGCCGUCUAAUAUCUGAUCGUGUGUCUUUUAACUGCCUUAACAGUUCAGGUGGCUUUCCGGAGCAGAAUUACAUGUUCGCAACAGACUGCGACAAUGGUCUCCGCGCUCAAAUUCAAUUCCCGUCAUGCUGGGAUGGGCGAGAUUACCAAACCGACCAGUCCCAUGUGGCCUACAUGUCAGGAAUCGACAAUGGUGUCUGUCCGCCUUCACACCCACGGCAGUUGGUCCACUUGUUUUUCGAAGUUCUUUACGGCGUAAAUGAUAUACAGAAGGAGGAAGGCGGGCGAUUCGUGUUUUCACAAGGCGACCCGACAGGCUUCGGUUUCCACGGCGAUUUUAUGAAUGGCUGGAAUGAGACCGUCCUCAAAGAGGCGCUAGAUUUAUGUGCCAAUGAUUCCAGCUUCAACGGCCAGAUCUCGAAAUGUCCGCCAUUAGCGAAGUCGCAAACACCCUAUUACGCAACUAACUGCCCGGAGCGUCAGCAAAUUGUUAACGAGCAAGUUAAGGGAAUGGUGGAAUGUCUCCCCGGAUGCAAUGUUGUCACAACUGGGCCCGAUCGUGCAGUUCAACUCGUGUGCCCUAACGAUACACCCACUACCAACAACAUAGACGAACAAGGACCAUUCACCAUGUUUGACCCUUCUGUAGGGGACAGUCUCAGCGGAAGUACUUUCGCCUACUCUGGCUGUGUAGCAGACAGCAGUCCAAGAAUCUUGAACGGAUACUCCUUCUCGGCGAGCAAUAUGACUGUCGAAUACUGCACCUCGACUUGCAAGGCUCAGGGUUAUCAACUUGCUGGUCUCGAAUACUCUCGAGAAUGCUACUGCGGUAGCUCGAUCAGCACAACCUUGGAUGACUGUUCCAGCACGCCCAAAAUGGUAUGUGCAGGUAAUUCAACGGAGUGGUGCGGUGCACCAAGCCUACUAACUAUUUGGAAUGAUACCUCCUAUUCCGUGGCGGCACUCGUAGUUGCCAGCACUACUAUUAACAAUGGUAGCGCGACAUACUUGGGCUGCUUUGGCGACACAGACAGCAGCAGCAGGGCAUUGUCGGGGGCCAGCACGUCCAACACGACAGCCAUGACAAACGAGAUGUGUGCUUCUUACUGCAAAGACAAGGGCUUUUCGCUAGCAGGGACAGAAUAUUCUCAGGAGUGUUACUGUGGCAAUGCCAUUACGAGCGCCACUAUUGCCGAUGAUGGUGAAUGCAACAUGAAAUGCAAGGGAAAUGUGUUAGAAUAUUGCGGCGGAAGCUCCAAACUGAGUGUCUGGAACAUCACUCAAUCAUCGUCAACCCAGUCGUCGUCGACCCAAUCUUCAACUCAAUCUGCUUCAACUACGACUCAAUCGACUCAAUCCGCUCAGACAAGCACCAGCAUCCUAACGGCAUCAAACGGGACAGCCACUUAUCUAGGCUGCUACACCGACAGCGGCUCAGAUGGACGCACCUUAUCCAAAGACUCUUACACCAGCAGCUCUAUGACGGUCGACUCGUGUGCCUCAUACUGCCAGGCUAAGAAUUAUGCCCUUUUCGGCGUUGAAUACAGUGGAGAAUGUUACUGCGGCAACGCCGCUAAAAACUCGUCGGUCGUCUCUGCCGAGGCGGACUGCAACAUGGCAUGCAAGGGCAACUCGACCCAGAUGUGCGGCGGGAGCUCGAGGAUCUCUAUCUGGAACAACACGCUCUAUGUUGCGACUCACAAUUUAGUUACCAUCAGCAGCGGUGGUUACGCAUACCUUGGGUGUUAUACCGAGGGGACUAGCGGGAGAGCUCUAGGAAAAGGGGCGAGUGCAGCCAGCACCAGUAGUUCGACUUCAGGUUCCAGCAUGACUAUCGAGAGCUGCGCGAGUUACUGUUCAGGGAAAGGCUACGCUUACAUGGGUGUCGAGUACGGACAGGAGUGUUAUUGCAAUAACGAUGGUCCGGUCAACGGGGCUACGGAGGCUAGCGAAAGCGAUUGCGCCAUGACUUGCAAGGGAGAUAUAACGGAAUGGUGUGGUGGUAGUAGUCGAAUGAAUAUCUACAAGGCUACCUAAUAGCUAGUAGUAAGUACCUAGUAGAUACCUAGAUUCAACCGUUUCCAAAAUGUCAUAACAAGGCUCAG